GCCAGUUUUAUCUGUAAAUCACUAUGUUCAUGAAGUUUGUCAUUUAAUAAAAUAAGCUAACAAACAUUUAACAGAUUUUGGGUAUCCAAUAAUAUUAGUGAUUAACACGUAAUGUUUUAUGAACAUAUUUUAAAAGUAGUUACAUUUUGUCGUCGCAACGUGAAUUAAUUUAAUUUUUCCUAAAAGAAAAGUUGUUCAAUUUGUUUGAUUCCAAGAUGGAACCUCAAUACAACAAUAAAAGUACAGGUAAGUAACUUAUUUGAAAUUUCAAUGUAUUAAACAAAUAACUAAAUAAAAUAUUAGGUACAUACAAACACUACUUGUUUUAUAUAAGUAUAUAAUUGAAUUACAUUACAAAGCCUAAUAUGUCCCAAUACUUAAUAUGGCUACUAUAGUUAACUGACAAAUGAUGUUGAGGUACAAUUAAACAUUUACAUAUUUUAUGUCACAUUAUGUUGUUUUUUAGUAAAUUACAGGAACUUUUUUUAAUGGUUUAUUUAUAUGGAACAAAUCUAGUUUACAACCCAAGCUCGUUUUUCAAAUUUUUCUUUAUCAAAAUGUGUAUUUUUUGAUACUUAAUCCAUUGGUAUAAUUAAAACUUACCUAUCGUACUUACUUUUAUAAUUAUUAACUAUACAUAUAUCUUGAAAAAAGCAUUUUUGGAAUUAAUCUAAAAUGUGGUCAAAAAUAGAUAUUUAUCAUUAUUAAUAUUUGUAGUUAAGUCAGAAUAAGACUAUCCGGCUUAGUUUUACAGUUGCAAACGUUCAAACACACUGUUUUUCUGCACUCACUCGGAUAAUUUCAAUCGAAAAUAACCCUGGAUUUGUUGUGAAAAACCACGUCAGGUAGGCGACAGAGUAAAGUGAAAAAGCAUUAUAGGUGGGUAGGUUUAUGUAAAAUAACCAUAAAAGUAAGUGUGAUGGGUACGUUUUAAUUACACCAAUGGAUUAAGCAUUAAAAAAGAUAAAUUUUGGAGAAAAAAAAAAUUUGAAAAUAAUAAAUUAUUACUAAGAAAUCUCGAAACGGAAAACAUCAAUUUCAUAAAGUUUACAAAGUUCAUCAGACUAUUUUUUUUUUAAGUUUAUAUAAAGUACAACUAAAAAAUUAAAUUUUGAAAAAAAAAAAAAUUGAAAAACGAGCUCGGGUCGUAAACUAGAUUUAUACUAUUUAAAUUUAUAAACCUAAUAAUUUAAAUUUGGGUUUUUUUUCAAGUUGAAAACUUAAUUUACAUUUUUACAGCUGUCAAACGUUUAAUGAGAGAAGCUAAAGAAUUAUCACAGCCAACAGAUGAAUACAGUGCACAUCCAUUAGAAGAUAAUCUAUUUGAGUGGCAUUUUACAUUGCGUGGUCCUCAAUCAUCUGAUUAUGAAGGCGGUAUUUAUCAUGGUCGAAUAUUAUUGCCAACAGAUUACCCCAUGAAACCGCCUAAUAUAAUUCUGCUAACUGUAUGUUGUAAUUAAAUUAGUAAUUUUUACAUGAAUGUAAACAAUAUUAAUUAUUAUGUAGCCAAAUGGCCGAUGGGAGACAAACAAAAAAAUAUGCUUAAGUAUUUCCAGCCAUCAUCCAGAGACUUGGCAACCAUCAUGGUCUAUUAGAACAGCUCUAUUAGCAUUAAUAGCAUUCAUGCCAACUAAUAGCCGAGGUUCAUUAGGAGCUCUUGACUAUACACCUGAAGAACGAAUCAAUCUGGCAAAAAAGUAAAUAAUUGCUCAUUAAAUACAUGUUGUGUUAUUAAAAAUUGAAUUAUAUAAAUUGGUUUCACUUCAGAUCCAAAAAUUGGGUAUGUGAUCAGUGCGGUGAAAUAUCUCACUUAUUAGCUGAAAAUAAAGCCAAACCAUUGACAAGAGAAGAAACUGAACUUAUCAACAGUGUUACAUUUAAAGUAAAAUUAAUAUUUAAAUAUAGCAAUAAAAUAUUACACUUAAUAUAAAUUAAUAAAUUAAUUGAUCAGGAUGAAGAUACAGAGAAAAUUUCCAAACCAUCUGACCUAGAUAAUCAGGACAAGGAGACAAAAAGCGAAGAACCAGUUGUAAAUAAUCUUUCACCCAACUUUUUAAAAGAUGCAUUAUGUUCAGACAUUGGAAUGUAUCUUAUAUAUUUAAUUAUUGCACUUAUAAGUAUUUUAGUAGCGCGGCGUUUCUAUAGUGCCUAAUAAGUAAUGCUUGAAUUCCAACAAUUUUAAACUAUUAUUAUUUAUUAUGUAAAACUAUAUUUUACCAAGAAAAUAUUGUACUCUAAUAAAAUAUUUGUAGAUUAGUUAAAAAGUCACUAUUUACACUCUACUGCACAAUAUUUUUUUUUUUUUUGAUAUCAUCAUAAAAAAACAUCUAUAAAAAUGAAAACUAUGAAUUAAAUAAAUUUUAUUCAAAUUUUUCUUUCUCUUUAUUUUUUUCAUUUCCUAACAAUUUCUCUUCAAAUUUUUCAAACUCUGCUUUUGUUCGUAUUUCAAUUUCAUCUUCAACUUGUUCAACAGCUAUUAUCUGGAACAGAAAAUAAACACAUUACAAUUCCAAAUAUUAAAUAGUUUUUGUAAAAACUAAAAUGUUGGAUAAACAGUAAAAUCUCACUUUUUUUUUUAUACAACACUAAAUUUAUUUAUUCAUUUUAAUAGAAUCAUUAAAUAAUAUUUUCAUAUUUUCAUACAAUAAAGCGUAUCUAAAGACAAAUUUCAAUAUAAACUAUAGCAAACAUGUUACAGUUUUUCACUUCUGUCAAAUAUGAUAAUAUUUCCUGCAUAACCAAUAAUUAAGCAAUAUAUAGGUAGUUACAAAAAAAACUAAUUUCUUGCUGUUUUCUAAAACCAAGUUUUCGGGAAUUACAUUAUUUUUCAUUUAAAAAUUCACACAGUAAUUUUAAUUAUUUUAGUGUUAAACAUGUAUUUUACCAAUUACAUUUAUACUAUGUUUCAAAAAAUACUUCUAAAAUCUCUAAGAAUCACUUUUGUGAAUAACGGCUGAUACUCGGUAGCAGCUCGAAAGCCAAUUUUUCCCACUCUCACGAUGGUGAUUGACUUACAAGUUCUAUGUCACAUUUCAGUGAAUGGGAAAAAAUCUGUCGUUAUGCACAAAGGUUGUAUGUUUUUUUUUUUUGAAAGGUUGUAUAGUCAAAAUUAGAAAAAUGCAUUAUUUGUAAUUAAUAAAUAAUAUAUAUAUAUAUAAUAAAUAAUAUAAAUUAUUAUUAGGUUGUUACUUGUUUCAAGUGUUUUUAUUUAGUUUUGUUUCUUCCUAGAGUGGUUCCAAUUUGUAUAUAAAUAAUAAAUAGUUAAUUUUAUUUCAUAAACACAACUUUAGCCUAAUUUUAUCAAAAUAUAAUCAUUAAUGCAAUACAAAUUUUAACUUUUUAAAAAGUUGAUAUUUUAUUCUAAAUUUACGCUUUACAAAUUGGAACUAAAUAAUAAGUAUUAAGUAACAAAAGAAACAUUAGAAAAACGUUUUAUAGGUUAAGUCCCAAGACCAUAGUAAUAUAUACUUAUUUGCAUG